AUGGAGAAGCACAUUUUCUUAUUGAUACUUCUCUUUCUACUUCAAUUUCCUAUAUCAAUUGCUUCCUCAAAUGAUACUGACCAACAAGCCCUACUAGCUUUCCAAAAUCUUAUUACAAGUCCCAAUCAAUUUUUGGCUAAUAAUUGGACCAAGAAUGCAUCUUUUUGCUCUUGGUUCGGUGUCACGUGCAGUGCAAGAAGGCUAAGGCUUGUGGCCUUGGCUCUUCCUAAUUUGCAACUUCAAGGCACAAUUACCGGGAUUAGGGCAUUGCUUGUCAGAGAGCUCAAUCUCGAGAACAACUUAUUCAAUGGGGGCAUCCCUUACGGACUUGGCAAGUUGCCUCGCUUGAGAGUCAUUGAUUUUCAAAACAAUCAGCUCCAAGGAAGUAUUCCAACAAGUCUAUUUCAACACCAGAGAGUUCAAAUCAUUUCAUUGGCUUUCAAUGAACUCAGUGGUGAAAUGUGGAAAGGGCCAUGGUAUGUACCAGAACUCAAAGUCUUAGAUCUCGCGAACAAUAGCCUCACGGGUAUAAUCCCUCCUUAUGUUGGUAAUGCCACAAAAUUGAUGAACUUCGAUUUGUCUGGGAGUAGAAUCAAUGGUACCAUUCCAAUGGAAAUUAGUAAUUUGAGCCAACUUGCAUCUUUGUCCUUGGUUGAUAAUCAGUUAACAGGUUUUAUUCCUGGAUCACUGUUUAACAUUUCAUCACUACUUGGCGUAACUCUGGGAUUGAAUCACCUUUCUGGUCCUCUCUUGCUUGAUGAAGGGAAUAUUGAGUCAAAUCUGAAGAUACUAAGUAUAUCUUUCAAUCAAAUUUCUGGUCGCAUUCCUUCUAACAUAUGCCAACUCACACAGCUCAAAAUUUUGUCCAUAUCUUUCAAUAACAUAACUGGAGACAUACCCAAAAAUAUUGAUUGUCUAGCCAAGCUCGAGAUGUUCUUAAUUAGUGAGAAUGCAAUAAGUGGAACUAUUCCUACUUCAUUGGGCAAUAUUUCCACUCUGCAACAUCUUGAUUCGGGGGACAAUCGGUUGGAGGGACAAGUUCCUCAAGAAUUAGGGAAGCUAUCAAAUUUGAGGGUGUUAAACUUUCACAAGAAUUUCAAUCUUAUUGGUCAAAUUCCAAAGGCUAUUUUCAAUAUAUCUUCUUUGGAAGCGAUUGAUUUCAGUUUCAAUAACCUCUCAGGUAGAAUUCCAGCCACUACCGAUCUUCAUCUUCCGAACCUUAAAGAGUUUAUGUUGGCAUUCAAUCAGCUCGAAGGAGAAAUUCCUCAAUACAUAGCAAAUGCUUCCAAGCUUGAGAUACUGGCGCUAAAUUAUAACUUUCUGACAGUUGCUAUUCCUACUAAUUUAGGAAAUCUUCGCGAGCUGCAAUCACUGUUCCUAGAUCAUAAUCAACUUACCAAUGAACCAAGAGAGCCUAAGUUGUUAUUCUUGAAUUCUUUGGUGAACUGUAGGAUGCUGAAAUAUGUAGAUGUGAGUUUCAAUCCGUUGAAUGGCGUUCUUCCCAAUUCUAUUGGGAAUCUUUCAUCUACUAUUGAAGUAUUUGAUAUAAGAAAUGCACACAUCUAUGGCCUCAUUCCCACAAGUAUAGGCAACAUGAGCGGUCUUAUAUCCCUAGUCUUUAAUGAAAACAACUUGACAGGAUAUAUUCCUCCAGAGAUUGGUAAGCUUAAACAACUCCAAGGUCUGUACCUAUUUAACAACAAAUUGCAGGGACAUAUUCCAGAGGCGGUAUGCCAUUUAUCUAAUUUGGUCGAAUUAGAAAUGGAUGGUAAUGAACUCUCUGGAUCAAUUCCAGAAUGUUUAGGAAAUCUUGGGAUGCUACUAUAUCUUUCGUUGGGUUCAAAUGAAUUUUCACCAAAAUUUCCCUCGAGUCUUUGGAAGAUGAGUGGACUUCUCUACCUAAACAUGUCACAUAAUUCUAUAGAGGGAGAAGUUCCACCAACUAUUGGAGAACUGAAAGCCAUUGAAGAACUACAUCUUUCCGGUAAUCACUUUUCAGGCCAGGUACCAAGCAGAUUGGGAGACCUCCAAAGAUUGAAGUCUCUUGACCUAUCAAACAAUUCAUUUUCAGGCUCAAUUCCAUUAUCCAUUACCAACUUGAUGAGCUUAGAAGACUUGGAUUUGUCUUUAAAUGCAUUGUCAGGUACUAUUCCUAAGUCUUUGGAAAAACUCUCAUACCUUACAAGCAUCAAUGUUUCAUUUAAUGAUUUAGAAGGUGAAUUACCCAGUGGUGGUGUGUUUGUAAAUUCCACUCUGCUAUCAUUUCUCGGGAACAAAGGUCUAUGUGGAAUGCACAUAUUGGAGCUUCCCGCUUGUCCUAUCACUAAUCCUGGACAACAAUCAGUGUCUAAGAAACUUGUGCUAAAAAUUGUUACUCCAGUGGUUAUUUCAUUCUUUCUGAUAUUCUUGUUGGUUUCAAUUUGGAUAAUGAAACGAAAGAAGAAAGGGAAGUCCAAAGAUGUUGAAAAGGUUCUGGAGAUCAAAACUUAUCAAUUGAUUUCUUAUCAUGAGAUUCAACGAGCAACAAAUAAUUUUGAUGGAUCCAAUUUAAUUGGUGAGGGAAGCUCUGGCUCUGUGUACAAAGGCACAUUCUCAAGUGGAACUAUGGUGGCCAUAAAGGUUCUGGAUUUGGAAAAUGAGCAAGUAUGCAAGAGGUUUGAUACAGAAUGCGAAGUGAUGAGAAAUGUCAGACAUAGAAAUCUUGUUCCAGUGGUUACUACUUGUUCUAGUGACUAUAUAAGAGCCUUUGUUCUGAAAUAUAUGUCAAAUGGGAGUCUUGAGAAUUGGUUGUACAGAGAAGCUCGCCACUUGAACCUUCUUCAAAGAGUCACUGUAAUGCUUGAUGCGGCUAUGGCAAUUGAAUAUCUACAUCAUGGCAAUGACACUGCGAUAGUUCAUUGUGACAUAAAGCCAGCCAACGUUCUUUUGGAUGAAGAUAUGGUGGCGCAUGUUGGUGAUUUUGGAAUCUCUAAGAUUUUAGCCGUAAGCAAGUCCAUGACACAAACCGAGACAUUGGGCACUCUUGGAUACAUUGCACCAGAGUACGGCUCAGAAGGAAUAGUGUCGGCUAGUGGUGAUGUUUACAGUUACGGCAUCAUGUUGAUGGAGGUUUUGAUGAAAAGAAGGCCAACAGAUGAAGAGAUAUGCAAUGAAAAUCUUGACUUGAGGAAAUGGAUAACACAAUCAUUUUCAGGGAGUAUGAUGGACGUUGUGGAUGCCAAUCUUUUUUCCGAGGAAGAACAAAUCACUUGUAAAAGUGAAAUCUGCAUAGGGUCCAUGAUAGAAUUGGGUUUAGACUGCACAAAGGAAAUGGCAGAAUCAAGAAUAAGCAUGAAAGAAGUAGUGAAGAGGCUUAACAAAAUCAACAACACAUUUCUCGAAACAUAGAAGUGAUCAGCAUCUCUUCUGAUGGUGUUCUUUUCUAAGUUACUAUGAUGUGUUUUGUUUACCUCAUUUUGUGAUAUUCAGAACCUGUUUCACUUUCUUUAUUCGUAACUAUGUUUUGAAUGCUUGA